AUGAUCGAUGCACGACUCAACUUCAAGCAGCAAGUGGAACAUGUGACUGUCAAGGCAUCUGGGGUUAGAUCUGCAUUAUCACGCCUUAUGCCCAAUAUAGGAGGUCCUAAGCAGAGGAAACAAGCAUUAUUUUCAUCGGUGAUUACGUCGGUACUCACCUACGGUAUCGCUAUUUGGGCGCAUGAACUCCAAGUAAAAGAGAAGCGACGCAAAGUGGCAGCUGUUUACCGACUGACUGCCCUCAGAGUUGCCAGUGUAUAUCGCACUUUGUCCGACGAUGCCGUGUUCUUCAUAACCGGAAUGAUGUCGAUCGAAGUAUUAGCUGAGGAACGAAGAUCCUUGUACCGGAAAAAAAAGAUCGCCCUCACUGAGCCCAACUGA